AUGUACCGGCAUUGGUUAUCGUUAAAAACGACGUCGACAACAACAACCGUAUUAAUGAAUGUCGUCGUCUUGUGUCUUUUUAUUCAGGUUACAGCUAGGACUAUGGCGCCCAUAAAUGAAAACUUCAAACUCAACUUACUCAACAUUGAAGACGUGACGACCGACGACGUGUCCGGCGGGUGUUACCGAUUCGAAUUCGAACCGUACCCGGACGGAUAUACGUCUGUAUGUUCACACAGAAUACAGGGGGAUAAUUUUUGAAAUCAUUCGAUUAAUUUUCGUACGUGACAUACCAUCAUCAUAACUUACCGGUACUUUUGAACGAAAUCGAUAGGAUUUGAUCAAUUAUCGUGCGCGAUAAAGUAUGUCCACCGAACCAUUGCGCUGGUGACAGCAUAAAAUCAUUUAGAUUUCCAGAGAAAGAGAAAUCCAGAUUCUAACGUCUAUCGACGGUUUCCUUCUUGGCGGAUGGCGGCGGCGGAAACAGCGACGGCUAACAUAACGCGUGUAAAAAGCGGCUAUCACGCUAUCACUAUAAUUUAUGGUAAUAAUAAUAUUUACUAUUACUUAUGUAGUAACACAAUCAUGCGAGCAAAUCAUUACAACACGAUUUACUACGGACGUCUUAAUAAUUUUGCAACGAUUCAAGUUUUCUACCAAAAAACUUACUCCGGUGUAUACGAUGUAGACCCUUUCUGAAAGAAAAUUGUCCUCUUACAGAUACAAAUUCAUUUCCCCUCAACGUCUUACCUUCUCAACUUCUCACCGAAAACAGUGGCUGUUCGUGCACACUCAUCGUGCGAAGUAUGUCCGUUUUAUAAAAAUAUUUGUUUGUUUUACAAUAUGUAUAGCAUUGUUACAUAGAUAUUUUUAAUCAUAUUUUAUUAUUGUUUUGUUACUAUACUCGCAUUAUCCGUGGGUUUAUAACGGAUCGUUUGCGUUGCCGUUAAAUAUAUAAUGUUUAUAAGCUUUUUUUUUACAAUUGUUUACUAUUUCAGGUGAAGACCGCUCUGAAAAGACCAAAAGAAAAGCAACCACCAGUUGCGCACGUAUAUCGGCAAUGUUCUGCUGAAUAUUGUCGAAAGUCAUCCUGA